AUGGACCUCUUACAAAAGGUCAAUUUAUAUCGCAGUUUCGAUUCAGCCCGUCAAGAAGACCUUCAACACUUUGCACAAGAGUUCGAGGCUAUGAAGAAUAGAAUAGGAACCCUUGAAGCUGAUCUAGACGAUGAGCGUACUAAUCGCAGGAAAUGGCGACAGCGUGCAGAAGUCGCCGAAUCAUCCUUAGGCCGGAACCAAUUUGCCGUUGUCCUCAUCGAUGGAGAUAACUACCAUUUCAAUCGCGAUUUCUAUAUGAGUGCCGAUGAGUCGGGAGGCGCUCAGGCGGCUCAUGCAUUGUAUACAGAUAUUCAGAAUUAUCUCAAAGCUAGCCAAACCAACUUACUUGAAGGCUCAGAAUACAAUGAAGACGUGGAAGUCAUGGCCAUCGUUUAUUUCAACAAAGAUGUCCCCAUGAGGGUAUUAUUAAAUGCCGAUAUCAUACAAGCACCUUUUCAUUUCAACGAGUUCAUGUGGUCUUUCACGUCCAGCCGUAGUCUCUUUCAAACAAUCGACUGUGGACCAGGGAAGGAAAGAGUCGAUGCUAAAAUACGAGCCCACACGAAGAUUUGA